UAUAUUAUUAAUAGUUAAUUUACAUAAUGUCAAAUGCCUCUGUUCAAACACCAAUGUCGCCUUCUAUAUCCAUCUACCAACCAAAGGCGUCUGCGAAUAUCUAUUUAGAAGACGGUCCAUUAUUUAGAGCAACGAUCAAGGAAUAUGAGGACCGUACUGUCUUUCUAAGGACAAACUUGAAGCACAUCAUCGCCGCAGCCACGCUAUCAUUUGAAGCCAAACAGAACUCAUUGGAAAAGGAGAAAAAAUUUAUCGAGGCUGUGCGCCAAGCAUCGUUUACGAAACCAUUGUUUGAUCAUUACUUAAAUCACGUCCUAAGCAGGUUACAAGAACAACAAGAAAGGCUUUACCUUUGUAUGCAGACAUUAGUGAUAGAUCCUUUAAAAAAGCUAUAUGAACUCGAUGUUAAGAUGGCGGAUACGAAAAAGCGACAGUUUGAAGAGGCUAGUAAAGAAUACUACUCUUAUCUUUCCAAGUACCUAGGUAAUAACAACAAUAGCAGCAGUAGCAACAAGAAUACAAAUUUAAGCUUUCAUAAUGAACGAAAACGAUCAAGCAAUGAAUUGGAACUGAGUAUAAAGAAAAAGCAGUUUGAUUUGGCUCGAUUCAAGUACUAUACAUUCCUAACUGAUCUCCAUGGCGGUAAAAAGGAGCAAGAAGUACUUUACCAUUUACUCCAUCAUUGCGAAAAGCAAUAUGCAUUUUACCACGAAGUCUGCAAGACAUUGGAAACACAUAAGCAAGGUUUAGAAGAUGUGGCUACUUAUAUUGCUGAAGCAAGUCGUGAACAAAAAAUCAUGAAUCAAGAAAGAGACGAAAAGAGAAGACAGUUAGAGACCAGCUAUGGAACAAGCAUAAGCUCCCCAAUUACGGAGGCACCAGAAAUUACUCUUCACAAAUUUGACGGUAUACGAGAUCUUCAACAAACAGACCAAGCAUUUUUGAGUAACGUAGGACAUAAGAAAGAGGGUUUCCUAUUUACCUCAUCCAAGCCCAGCAGACGAAGACAUUCUCGUUCGUUCUCUGGUGAUCACUGGCACAAGCACUGGUGUGUUGUGAGCAGAGGGCAACUUCAGGAAUAUACCAACUGGAAGCACCAGCUUCAGACCCAUAGCCAGCCUAUUGUGCUAAAAUUAGCAGCUGUACGAGAAGCACGCGAAACAGGUCGUCGCUUUUGUUUUGAAAUCAUUACACCUACUAUCCGUAGAGUAUACCAGGCAACAUCAAGUGAGGAGCUUUCGAGCUGGAUAGCCACAAUUAAUAAUGCGAUCAGUGGGUCAUUGAAUGGUACUAGCAGCUGUGCUGUCUUUUCCAGUCCUAGCUUGGGCUCCUCAAUUGACUGGCCUGGUGAAAAAUCAAUCAGUAAAGCAUUAGAUAGUAUCGCCAAGACAAGGCCCAAGAGACCACGUAGACAUCGUCGACAGAUCCAAAAGGGACUUUACGUUGAGAGCCCUACGCAUGAUGCCAAAGACGCUUCAUCGAGUGGAUCAUGGCUACUGAGCCAACUGUAUCAGGAUCCAUCAAAUAUGCUCUGUGCCGACUGUUCAGCUAAAAAUCCAAACUGGUGUUCGCUUAAUCUUGGUAUUCUUUUGUGUAUUGAUUGUUCCGGUGUUCACAGAAGCUUAGGAACGCAUAUAUCCAAGGUUCGUUCGUUUGUUCUUGAUUCUGAUUCAAUAACAGCUGAGGCUGGACAGCUCUUAAAAUCCAUUGGUAAUUCAAGGUUUAACGAAAUGUGGGAAUCAAGGCUACAACAGGAAAAGGUAACUAAGCCAACUGCAUCCGAUACAAGAGAAGUCAAGGCGAAAUAUAUCCGUGAAAAGUAUGCGAAUAAGCGAUUCUUACGAUUGACGGAUGAUGACUCAUCUCGAGUCCUACUUCAAGCCAUUUUGGAGAAUGACAUGGCAAGGGCUCUGUAUGCUAUUGGUAUUGGUUCCGAUAUGAAUCAACCCUUUCCGCUGAGGGACAAGGAAGUGAUCCAGUCAUUUAUUCCAAAGGAGAUAGAAUUUGAUCUAGUCGUAAGGUAUCCACUGGUACUUGCCAUGAUCAAGUGCUGCUCUCCCGAAGAUGGUGUAAAUAGUAUGUCAACACAUGAUGAUAGUAUAGAUAGUGAGAGUGACUGUGAACAUUAUUUCCCUAUGGCCGAACUUUUAUUACUGAACGGAUGUGAUAUACAAAUCAGGGAUAAAGAGACAGGUCGUGUAUUGGCUGAUAUGAUAGCGGACAGUCAAGCUGUGAGUGAUGAAGGCAUUGAAUAUCUAAAUGUAAAGAAUAAUUUACGUGGAAAUUCACUCAUCAAAAGGGCUUAAAAUAAUUGUCAUACGUUUUCUGCAUAAUUUUUUCUAUUUUAUUUCUCCAUUCCAUGGUUCUGUGUUACAAGUGAAAUAGUAAAAAGUUGCAAUUUGCAUUAAAGAUGUCCCAAAGUCUCAUUCAGUGGCACCAAUAAAAUCAACUACUUUUUACAAUAGACAAAAGUGACACUUUUUUUAUUUAUGAAAAACAAGUAUAGUUGACAAGGAGUGAAUUUAAAUUCCGAAUAGCAUCACUUUUCGCCUUCUUACUUUCUACCCAAUCAACCCCUGCUGCGUCCUUUUUCCUCGGGAAUAGAAACUUGCCAAAAACCAUUCAUUUUUACGUUGCGGAUAAUUAUUUACGCUGUGUGUGUGUGUGUGUACUUUCGACAGUUCUCAAGGGAUUUUCUUUUUCUUUUUUUU